GUGAGAUAAGUGAAUAUCUUUCGAGCCAGAAACGAUACAAUAUCACCAAAUCGGAAGCUACUGUCAGCAGUUUAAGGACGGAACGAAAAUCAAAACGGUACUUGAAAUGGCCCAAACAAACGUUGAUGUGGGCGGACACAUGCAAGUGCCGCCGCAACAAGGUGGUGGCAGGUUCGCCUUCGAUCUGAACAGCCUGCCCAAACUGCAGAGCUUGCCCUCUCCGCUGGAGCUCAUCCAAUUGGUCCGCAGCUCCAUGCGCCCCUGGACAGUCUUCUUCAAUGUGCAGAACUUCAAGACGGCCGUCAGCAUGCAGCGCUUGACCGGGCGCGUGAAGCGCAAUCUCUCCUAUUUCCAGAGCAAUUACAUAUUCGUCUUCGUUGUGCUGAUGAUCUAUUGCCUUAUUACAUCGCCGCUUAUAUUGUUUGUGCUGGGGGGUGCCGCCUUCCUGUGCCACAGGCUGCGUGCUCGCAACACGAACAUCACCGUGAUGGGCAACCAGUUGACGCCACGUCAACAGAUUAUUGCCGUGAAUCUGGGAGCGACGCCUUUGCUCUUUCUGGUGGGUGCGGGCGCAGUACUAUUCUGGACACUGGGCGCCUCCUGCUUUGUCAUAGCCUCCCACGCGAUAUUCUACAACAUCGACGCUAUUGUGACGGAGGAGAACGAGGGCUUUCUAGCCGAAGUUGUUUGACCUCCAACCACACAACUUGAAUCUUGAGAGAAUCUUUGAAACAGAGAAGCAAAGAAUGUGCCGCAACGGGGCCUUAUUAGUGGAUAAACUGCAAUAUACGAUACACACCGACGUAUUUAUAACGAAUUUAAAUUAAGUUUCCGUAGUCUAACCAUCGUAGACUAACAAUUAAAACCAAACAAACACACACACA